CAAUCUUCCUCUCGAAUUUGUAGACGAAUUUUACUCGAUAAGGAGGCUUCAAACCUGACAGAGGUCGCGUUUUUUAAUCUUUACCGCAAAACUGACCAAGUGUUGGGCGCAAAUAAAGUGAAUACUGAAUCAGGGAUCCUUAACUGUUCAGCCGCAAAAUGAAUGAUCAGUUGAUCAACAAUGAGUGGAUGUGGUCUUCAUAGAAAAUGAUUUCUAUUUGAGAUUUCGCACUUUUUAAGAUCAUUAUCCAGACAAAAUGAACCGGUCGCGCACGUUACUAGCUCUCUUCGUGCUGGCAAUGAUCAUGUACAUGCCCUUGACGAUGGUGGUCAAAUCCAACACGUCAUUCAAACCAGAAUAUCAAUCCUCUUGGACGGAUAUCCAAAUAUCCGUCUAACCCGUGAGUGAUGGGACACAUAGCCUGCUCAAACCCGAAUGGGCUUUGGUGGGCAGUGACCCCUUGAUCUAUCGAGGUCCAAUCGUUGAAGGCUGGCCUCCCGGCAAAUCGCGGGAUAUGAGCCAGAUCAUGGCCAAGGACUACGUGGUGGACCACUGUCAAGAGCAGGACUUGAGGGGGGUGAAGCUCCUCGUGGGCGUCAAGUCCGUUUCCGAUCGCUUCGAGACCCGCGACACCACCCGAGAGACGUGGGGCCUUUUCCAAAAUGACCAUCCGGAUGUCAAAGUUCUGUUCUUUACCGGAGAGCCGUCCAACCCUUUGACGAUAAACCGAUUGAGGGCUGAGAUCCAGGUGCAUUGUGAUCUGGUGAUGGUCCGUGGAGUCGACUCUUAUGCCAAUCGGACGAUUAAGGCCGUGUCUCUCCUCAGAUACGUCAACGAUCAUCACCUGGGGCUCAAUCCAGAAGUGACCAUGGUUAUGGAUGAUGAUGCCUACUUGAACCUGGACCGUUUGUACUACUUGAUCUCACAUAGGCUUUUGGCGACGGCAGUGGACAAUUUCAUCACGGGCUUUCGCUAUGGGGGUCCGGUGCUCAGGCCCCCGGUCAACUCCACGGACCAGUUUGUCAAACCGUCGGUCUGUCCCAGCUACAUGUAUAAUGGAACCACCACCCCACCCCACUUGAGUGGUUCCGGGUACUUAAUGCCAAGGGCUACCGUACCAUGUCUCGUCAGGCAGGCCAUGAGCCUACCUUUUCUGCACAUAAACGACGUUUUCAUCACGGGAUUUUGUGCCGAGGCCUGUGGCUUCCCUCGAGUGGCACACUCUCAAUUUUCGCCGGGAAAGAAGAAGUUGGAAGACAUUACGUGCCACCACCUUCUACUUCAUUACCAAUCGCCCGAGGCUAGGCUCAAAAUAUUCAACAAGUUUGUCAAAGAAUGUCCGUCCCCAAAUAAAUAGACAUUCCAGUUAAG